AUGGAACCCCACAUAGUUGAUCUGGGAGAUUCCGACGUCGAUACCGAUGGAGAAUCCGAGACGACGGAAGAGAGUCAAGAAACGGAUGAUUCAAGGACAGAUGACGAGGAGGAGUUCAAGCAUCAACUUCAAGACUGUUUAGACGAAGUGGAACAUGAGGGAAACUACUCUGCUGUUCAACGUCAUAAGCAGUACAUCAACCCAGGACUCUAUAUCAAGGACUUUGGCACCAUUGGACUGCCGCUGUCGACGCGCGACGCCAUUGCCAUCACCGGCAAAUGCCGAAAGGCACCAUUUGGUAAAGGCGAUGAAACGGUCAUCAACGAAGCUGUGAGACGAACCUGGGAGCUGGAUGCGACAGAUUAUGGAUUCGGUAAUCCGGACUGGCAGCCCUUUCUCGAAACUCGAGUCCAGCAAACGAUCCGGGAUCUGGGCGUUCAAGUCUCGGCUCACGCGCAACCGUACAAGUUACUGCUCUACGAGGAGGGCGCGCACUUCAAGGCGCAUCGCGAUACUGAGAAAGUUCCCGGCAUGUUCGGGACCUUGGUCGUGUGUCUGCCGUCGCUGCACGCUGGUGGCUCGGUUCAUCUGUCUCACAAGAACAAGCAACAAGAAAUGGAUACUGCAAGCGCGUCGGCGUUCGAUUUACAGAUCUUGGCAUGGUACUCUGACGUACAACAUGAGAUUCGCCCAGUCGAGAAAGGGUACCGUUUGGUGCUCACCUACAAUCUUGUGCAGGAUCAGAGCCUGCCCAUGCAGACUGCAGCCGCACUCGACGCAAGGCAUGAUAGGUUGAGCACCCUACUCCAGACAUGGAACAAGGAAUACAGCCAUCUCGACUAUCUGGUAUACCCACUGGAGCAUAAGUACUCGGAGGCAAGUCUGUCAUUGAGGAAUCUCAAAGGCCAGGAUGCUGCCAGGGGACAAUAUCUAGACAACAUUUGUACAAGGAAUGGGUUCUACUGGCUCUUGACUCGGAUGACAAAAGAGUUGCAGGACGAAGACGACUACUAUAGCAAUGACGAGGACGAAGAGGGGAUUAUCACUUUCGGAAAGACUAUGCUGCCCAGCGGUCGAUACGUCUACAUUGGUGUGAACCAAGUUGACGGGACCAAGAUCCUGACGGAGGAGAAGGUCUUAUACGACAGGGACCCGGACAGUGAGGAAGAGGGCGAAUACACUGGCAACGAAAGUGCGCCUUCGAUUCUCAGAUACCACGAUUCCGUAAUCAUUCUGAUGACCAAGCGACAGAUGUUAGACUCUUUCCGCAGAUCCGACAGACAUUCAGCCGAAGCGCUGAUGGCUCUUUACGACAUGGUACGGGAGGAUCACGCUUGUGAGCCCAAACUCCGCCAUGAAGCCUUUAUUUUGAUAAUGCAAAAGGCUCUUAUGCGAGUCAUGUCCCAGGGGGAUGACAGACGAUCCGGAACGUACGGGUAUUUGGUUUAUGGCCUAGAAGAGCGUGAGAGGACGCUUGGAGAGUACGCGAUGGUCUUCGAGACAAUAGCGGACUAUUGUCGCGAACAAAACUUGAGCAGCAUCUUCACCGGGCUUCUUAGAAGCGCUGUGCAGGAAGCAAGAUGGACAUGCUCCAAUCACCUCAUCAAGCUGAUCGCUAACCAGAUUGUGUGGGAGACACGCACAGGCAACAACAAUGCUUGGGACGACUGGUUCUCGCAACGGGCGCAAGCUGCACCCACCUACAGAUACGCAAACGAACUGCGGCAGGCCCUUGAAGGUUUCUCCAAAGUAUUGCCUUUCGACGGUGCCGUCGCGUUUCACCAAUGGAGGACGGCCCACCUUGAGGAUACUGUUCGAAACGUACAAUCUGCUAGCCUAGAUGAUGCGCAGUCCGUUCUCGAUCUCAUUCCUCAUAUUUCACGUGAGACGUAUUUUGAGACCAUUACUCGUGUGUUCGCAAAUAACGUCGAGCGUCAAAGUCUUUCACGCUUUAUGCACUGCCUGGCUGACGACCACACGAUUUCCGAGGACGACAUCGUCAAGCCUUCCUAUCAACUUCUUGCUAGUACUGCAACCACUACUUUGAAGCUAUCUGCAACUGACAUCACUGAGCCCGAACCACCUCGCGUUUUCGCUCAGCUAGUCCAAUAUACUGGUCGAAUCAAUGAGAUCGGAACCUGCGCAGUUGAAUGGCUCAAUAUCGUAGGACAAUACUCAUGGCUCGGGCUGGAGAGUGAAGCGAAACAGCUUCUUGGCGCCUGCCUCCCAGAUCUUUCCACAGUCACAGAGACGUGGUCGAAAUGGAAACACUGGUUUUUGUUCGUCGACAACCUGAAGGACCUGCUCGUUGAGCAUCGGGGCCAAAAGCUCCACGACAUUUGCAAAGCUUUCAUCACCGACGUGCUGCACUCUUGCGCCAAGCACAUCGCGCAAACUCGACCACAGCCGCCGCGGAAUUGGGUCCGUACUACCAACGGCAUCGACAAGGACUGCACCUGUACAGCAUGCGCCGACUUGAACGCCUUUCUAACGAAUCCAAAGGAGCGCAUUGGCCGAUUCUCCUACGCUGAGAGGACGCGCAAGCAUCUUCGGUACAGACUCAGUAACGACUUCCACAUCGACACUGAGAAGCGCAAAUCGCCAUACACUCUCGUAGUCACCAAGACCAACAAAACACACGAGGGACUUGAGGAGGAAUGGCAGGCCCAGCUUCGUGCGAUGCGCAUUCAGUUGCAGACCAUGAAGGGUUCGCUCGAGGGUAUUGGCAUCAAUGCCGAAGAAGCUGCAGAUCUGGAUGCGCAGCUGGCAGGCGCUGGUGCCGCUAAAGGUGUUGCGAGUACAGCUCGGGGUUUGCAGCCUAGUCCUGCAUCGAGACAGAACCUUGCUGCACCGCGAAGGGUUGCGGGAGCGAAGAGGAAAUCAGACUUUGUCGACUUGACCGAGGAUUAG